AUUACAUCCCUCGGCAUCCUUUCACCUUACUCUCUUCCAGCGGUCAUUGCAUUUAUAAAUCUCGCUUUUUCAAGUGUGAUUUCAGGAUAUCAUUUUUGCAUAUGACAUUAUUAUACUGUACACAGCCCACAUUCAUUCAGCGUUCCCAUGGGCAGUGUACUGGCCUUGUCAUCCCGCCCAGGGCGUCAGAACUCCCCCUUUCCACAAGAUAGACCCCUAUCACGGUGGGACAGGAGAGAUGGACGGCUGCCCAACCCGGGGAGUUUUGAUGGCCUGCACCGCAACUGUAAAGAUGUGUUUCCACAGCAGAUUGAAGGAGUAAAAUUGGUUAUAAACAAGACCCUCAGCAGUUUUUUCAAGGUCAGUCACGCAUUUAACCUCAGUGCUGUUGCUCCAUCCAGCUAUCGCUUUCACGCUGAACACUUACAAUCAGACACUGAUAGCAAAGAUACGGGCUCACCCAUGCUCAUUGGGGAAAUGGACUCCUCUGGCAGCUUAAACGCACACUCUUUGUUCCAUCUGAGUGAGAGAAUAAGAGCUAAAGCAGUAUUUCAAACUCAACUGGCACAAUUUGUCACGUGGCAGUUUGAGACUGAAUACAGAGGCAGUGACUUCACAGCAGCAGUUACAAUGGCCAACCCAGACAUCCUGAGUGAAUCAGUUAUCAUGGUUGCACACUUUCUUCAAAGUGUAUCCCCACAGCUGGUACUGGGGGGAGAGCUGGUGUACCACCGAGGUCGAGCUGAAGAAGGGGGCAUACUUACCCUGGCAGGACAGUACUCAGGGCCAAAUUGGGUGGCGACACUAAAUGCUGGUAAAGGAGGAGCUCAUGCCAGCUAUUACCACAAGGCCAACAAACAGAUUCAGGUAGGAGUGGAGUUUGAGGCCAGCACUAGGACACAGGAGACUACGUUCUCUUUUGGUUACCAAAUGGAACUUCCAGAAGCUAAAAUGGUCUUCAGAGGAAUGUUGGAUAGCCGCUGUAUAAUUGGAGGAGUUCUGGAGAAGAGACUGUACCCUCUUCCUGCCACAUUGAUUAUGGGUGCCUUUGUCAAUCACAGAGCAGACAAGUUGCAGGUCGGCCUUGGGGUCAAUGUAGGAUAGAUAUGAACCCAAAAUCAAGAGAGGCGCCACUCAAGACUUUGGGAACAACAGACUACGGACAAAACAGGCAACAUAACCAAAGCCCUGUUUGCCAUACUGGACAGUCAUGCCAUUCAUGGUGAACAGGAGUGAGGACUUGAGGUUCCAGCUUAAAAAGACUACACAAGGCCUCUAUUAUUUCAUUGAUGUUUGUUCCGUCCAGUCUAAUGGGGUUUACAGUUCUAGCCAUAAAUGCUGGUCUGACCCCUAAAUAAUCUGAACUACAGUAUAAGUGUGAUAAUGUGAAUUGUAGGGAAUUAUGGGAAAGCGAUGGUGUUGCAGAAAUCAAGAUGCCUUCCUAAGGACAUAAAGACAGACAUUCUGUUAAUCAGUUUAGGUAUUCAUAAAGUUCUAUUCUUCAUGUUGGUCUUAAGCUUCCAUUUUGGAGGAGACAUUACAGGACUUCUGGAUUUUUGACUUUUAAAAAAUCACAUUGGAAUCAGAGCUGUAGUGUAUUGGCUAACUCACGUGCUCACAAUGCAUAAAAGCCAAUUGCUGAAGGAUGCAGGUUUGAAUCUGGCCUGCUUAAUUCCCCGAACCCAUCUCUCUCUCUCUCUCUCUCUCUCUCUCUGCUUGUAAAGGUGUCCAUUGAUGGGUAAAUAGCUGCAAGAAAGAAAACAAAUCACAAUAGAGGAUACAAAAAGUACAAUGACAUUACAGCUUUUGGUUACUUUUUGAAUGGCGAACAUUUGAACAAUGUAAAUCAAAUGGAGAUUUUCAAACUUUAAUCUAAAAUUUCUUAACAGUGUAAAGUUUUUAAAAACCAAAAACAGGAAACACUCAAGGCUAACAUGAAAUACAAUUUGUUUUUUUAAUGAUUAGGUUAAGUGGUUCAAGCUGAAUUAUUUGCAGUAAAAUGUGGGGGAGAAGUAUAAAAAUAGAUUGUUUGAAGAAUAUCAGUACAGGCAGUACAGAAAUAAAAAAAGAGAGAAAAACACAUCUCCAUUACCAUGAUCAGUGGAAAGAUGGGUAAAUGUUCACCCAAUGUUCAAGCCAAAUCUACACCCUUGAAUGGAUGUAUCCUGUCCACAAUAACAUUUUAGUAAAGAGGUCUAUUCUAAUUUGCCUUAAGUGGAUUUACUCCAUCACUUUUAGCAUUAUAAGGUGGAAAAAUGUACAUACAUGUACAGUAUCUACAACAGACAUAAUAACUAGUCAUAAGCCAUUACUUGGCUAUUGGCAAAUAUACAAUGAAUAUUUUACUAGUUUUAAUAUUCUAUGAAUCUACCUUAAUUUUCAAUGUGGCAGCUGAACCUUUUUUAUAAACAGAAUUAUGAAUCUUUAAUUUAAAAGAGAAUUAACCUCAAUAAAUCAUUUAUAUUUUUUACAGAUUAUGUUAUCUAAAUGUAAGACUCCAAAUGAAUUGAUCAUCAAUCCCAUUAUAUUUGUUUAAUUGUGCUGCUAAGAUGGUUUGCACUUGGGUCACUUGGAAGACAUUGAA